AUGCUCAGCAAGAAUGACGGCAGGCUUGUGAGCCGCAAGAAGGUCAACCGGACCAGCCGGAACGUCGGACAGCCGGCGGAGUACCAACUGUCUCUGGGCCAAAUUGACCCAGAGUUCGAAGCCUUCUUGCAGAGCACCAACCUACCGCCACCAAACUUUGACAGCCUGGAGACAUUCAAGAGCCAGGCCGAGGAGCGCGACAGGGAGGGUAUGAAUGCUUUGGGUCCACCUCCUGCUGGCGUCACGCAACGAGAACUCUGGUACCCCAGCGAAGAAGGCAUCAAGCUACGGGCAAAACUCUACCAACCAGAGGACGCCUCAAAGAAUAACAGCCCACUGAUAGUCUUAUUUCACGGAGGAGGCUUCUGUAUAGGAUCACCAGAGGGUGAGGAGCAGACAUGCAGGAACCUUGUCGCGGCCUUUGGGGCCACGUGCAUCUCGGCGUCUUACAGGCUGGCGCCCGAGCAUCGGUUUCCAUGCGCGCCCCGUGAUGCCUGGGCCUGUAUCAGAUGGGCCGCAUCAAACGCCAAUUCGUGGGGUGCCGAUCCCUCGGCCGGCUUCAUUGUCGGAGGUUCCUCGGCAGGAGCAAAUCUUGCGUCGGUCGUCGUCCAUCUGGCCCGGGACGAGGGUCUUUCACCUCCAUUGACGGGGCAGUACCUCGCAGCCCCAGUGAUCCUGCCCAACUCGAGGGUCCCGGCCAGAUUCAAGCCGUUUGCCCUAUCGCAUGAGCAAAACAGGCACGCUCUCGUUGUCAACGUUGCGCAGAUGGACAUGUUUAUGGAUGGUUAUAAGCCCGAUCAAGAUGACGGUGUCUGGUUUGCCUCGUUCAACCACCCAAGAGGUCACGCGGGUCUUCCCCCGGCUUUCCUACAAGCUGGUGGGAUGGAUCCCUUCAGAGACGAUGCACUCAUCUAUGAACAUGAGCUAAGAAAUGGUGAUUAG